AUGAGAGGCUGUCAAGACGAAGGCGCAUGCAAAAAGCAAGCAAAAAGACAGCUUCUUUUACUUCUUGCAAUAAACAUCACUGGUCCACUGCACAUCUCCUUUCUACUCCAGCUCUAUCCAACCAACCAAGGCGUUAUUCUGAAUAUGCGGUUUAUCGACCUUUUCUCUGUCGGUCGUCAAGGACCAGCUGCACCCAAUCCCCAGUUUCUCUCCUCGAUAUUCCGGUCGCCAACAGUCUUCAUGAACAAGAUCGUCCCUCCGAGUCUUCUAUUGCAGAAGCAGUGAAUUCCGUGCCAGCGUUGCCGAAUAUGGUUUUGCCUACAUUGUAA